GUCCGAAACGCCUGGUGGCACAUUGGCAGGAGAAAGUGAUGGGUACACCACAUGAAAAAGUACAUUUUGGGCAAGGCGCUGACCCGCACUAGAGACGCUUCAAAAAUGAGCAGUUUGGGAGCUUGUGAAGAAUCUUUGGAGGAAGGAUUGAGCUCAGAACCAGUGGAGGACACAGACACCACCACCUUUUCUUCAGAAGCCAAUUACCCAGUGCAGGUUACUGAUCCUCAUGUCUGUCCAGCAGAUGCUGUCACUCUGCACCUGAGCUCCAUGCCUCCCGGAUCCCUGAGCACCUGUGCCAGAACCAGUCAGCCAGUUAAAGCGGUUGAAGAAUGCACCUGCCCCACGUCUACUUCACCAGGAGACGACAGCAAAGAAGUCCACUUCCACCUCAACCACGCAUGUGAAAUGUGCCGCCGUCCUGCGCCUCCUCCCAAGAUCAGCGACCUGAUGAACGACAAAGAUCUUCUGGACUCGUUGAGGCUCAAACUGGAUCCGUACCACUGCACUGUCAAAAACUGGAAGAACUUUGCCAGUCGGUGGGGGAUGAGCUACGAUGAAGUCACUCUGCUGGAGCACCGGACCCAGGGUUCUCUGUCCAACAGCCCCACCCAGGAGUUCCUCCUACGUUACAACCAGAAACCUGUCACCGAGCUCACCGAGCUGUGCCGCAUCUAUCAGCGCAUGGAUGUGCUGCGAUUGUUGCAGACCUGGAUAGAGAGCGUUUGGCCAUCGCGCUGGCAACAUGCUAAUUAAGCACACAUGCUACACGCUGCCCAGCGACAUGAACCUUUUUGGAAGAUACAUGACUCUGCUUCAUUCAUCACCACCAUCUUAGGGUACGUGCACACUUGUAGUCUGGUACCAACCUGUACUCUUAGUUGGUCAUCAGUUCAUCAUGGCCUGGCUGUCAUUUGGUAACGUCAUACCCGCUGUGUUGGCACGUUGGUGCGGUUGGUGUUCACACUUGUCUCACUCAGGACCAGAAUCCACUGGCAGGCGGACCCAGACCCGUCUCUCAGUGGGUCUCUGCACUCCUGUUUGGUCCGGUCCUGAGUUAUGUGAACCGACUGCUUGAAUUGGACCAAAAAUGACAAGUGUGCACGCACCCUCAAGACGAGCAUCAGUGCUCCUUUGUUGUGCGUUUGGGUCGCUUUGGUGCGGUUCGCUUGUAAACGCACCAGACAAGCAAGUCAAGUCCGUUGCGGUUCACGUGAGCUCGCAUGUGAAAACAACCCAACCAGGACGUGCCUGCCAACAGAAAACUCCCAUCUUGUGACCUUUCGUGAAGAGUUUCCCGUGUUUUAACUGACAUGAAAAAAAACAAUGAGCCACUGUACUUCCAUCCUGUCUGCUGGACAACACCUAAGGGGGGAGUACAUCCUGGAAGCGGUGGAGUCGGGCCUUCAAAAUAAAAGCAUGGCAGUGAAAACAAUUGCACCUCAGUCGACAGUCAGGUUUUGGGUUUUUUUGGUAAAAAGACCCGCAAUUACUUGAUUUUCAAAUGCAAAUGUUGUCAGGUAGCAGCAGUUUGAAAGUGACAGCAAAAAAACCAAGCGGAAAUGGCAAAUACACUGCUGAUGAAAAUGUCAAGACCAGUUGAAAACAAUGUACAUUUUGCACUGUUGGACCUUAAAGAGGUUCUAAGCAGCACUUCAAAAUGCAAAAAGAAGAAAUGGGAGAGACGCAAAACAAAAGCUUUUGAGUCAUCAAUUGAUUGUAAAUACGCACUAAAGUGAAAUAAAAAUGUUCAUCAGCUGAUCAGAAGGUUGAGACCAUAGCCAAAAAACAAAACAACCCCCCUAAAUAGAAAUCAAAUGUGUAAAAAAGAGUGAGUAAGGAGUAGCUGUGCCAUUGUUCAUGAGGUGAAAAAUGGGUGUGGGCGUGCUUGAUGCCAGGGUUUCCAGGUGGUGAAGAUGCCUUCACUGUGUGGAACUCAUGUCCAUUUUUGUAAAGCCACUUUCUUCCACCUUUCAAAGUACCAUGUCAUCAGGGUGGGUUGGAAUGUCGCCAGAUCAGGUUGGCAACGCGGCUCUGUAGUCCUCGCAAGGACAUUUCCUCAUUGCCAUUAUACCACCGCGAGAUGCAUUCACUGACAAUCCGAAGUCAUAUCAACAUCUUGAUUAUACGUGUCUGCGUGGUGUAAAUCAACAGAAAGACAACGAAGAACAAGAAGUGGAUAUUUGUAUCUAUCACGAAGGUAACUCUUCCUGCGAAAGUACAAUUUGAUGCAAUUAAGUCUGCUCGGAAAUCUACACUCAAUGCAUGUGAUUUCAAAUUAAGUUAUGUGAUGUCAUUGAAUGCAACCCUUCUGUGGUUCAAACUUUCUGCUACUGUCGGAGAGACUGGCGGGAGGCGAAUUAUUUGGAGCUGUUAAUGCAUAUAAAUACAUAUUGGUGUGCCCUGUUAUUGAUCGCGCAGUUUGUUAAUAAACCGUGACUCGUGGUUAUUUCUCUUUGUUCACUCGUUCACUGACACCUGCAGACGCUAGCUACAUUUAAAAAGGAAAGAAGGUAACGUGGCAUCGAUUGUGCAACAGUAACUCAAACUGUAUUUGUAUAAAUGUAUUAACAUCGUCGAAAGAGAUGAGCAGCCCUUCUCAGCAGAGUUCGCCGAGUGCUUUCUCACGGACCUGGAAGUUCCACAGAGACAUAGAGAGACGCCGCAAAGAGCGCUCAGCAGUACGUCAACGUCGCCGCCAUAUUGGGCAAUCAGAGUGUUUUGGUUCCUAACUGUUUACCAAGUAUAUUAGUGCGUGUGUGAACCUAUACACGAGAGGAAUUAACUGGAGUUUCUUUGUAGAAAGGCGCUUUAUUCAAGUAAGUACAUUGACUUGUAUUCAUUUACUGUACAGCCUGGACACAUCCAAUUUGGCGGCAAGGUUGACGUAUGGCAGCAGUGGACAAACCCACUUGAUGCGGCGUCUGUCUGUGUCUAUGCUCUCACAUCCAAAGUUUCCUUGAAGACGGCGUCCUUGUCCUUGUCCUCCUCUGGAAGUGUCACCAUGCAGUGAUAUAUGUUCCCUUCCAAAAGUAAGUCCAAUAUGUUUUGGACUAAAUAAAGGUGAUUUUAUGCUUCCUUUUUUCAUAUCAUAUAGCCAGUAGCAGAGGUGCAGCCCCAUGCAAAGAAUUACGUUGCCCCCACCCUUUUAAGAAUUAAUUACGAAUUUAAUGAGUAAAUUCCUAUUUUUGGGGGUCCCUUGGCAGUCAAGGGACCUUGGAAUUGUCCUGACUUUUCCCCUUAUAUACAGCACCCCUGGCCAAUAGCACUCAUGAUACAUACAUUGAAACGUGUCGUUACUCCAUGUGAUCGGUAUCAGCUGAUAUCAGUCCUGCAUAGAUCUGUCACGAUAACAAAUUUCACUGGUCGAUAAUUGUGCUACAAAUUAUCAUCGCUAUUCGAUAUUAUCGGCAACAUUUUUCGAGACCAUUUUUGAAUGAAUGAUUGUCAUGAGAGGUGUAAUUCACAUUUGAACUGCUAGAUGGCACUGAAGCAUCAAGUACGGUGUACCUGUGUUUUAAAGGGGGGCCAUCACUUUUUCACACAGGGACAUGUAGCUUUGGAUGUUUUUAUCCCUUCAGAA